GUUCCCAUUUCAUAAUGUCAUAUUUUAUGGUCAUAUAAAGGCGUGUGACGGAAAUAUGUGGUUUUUCUAAUAAAAAUGAAUUUCUGGUAGUGUUGUAAAUGUAAAAGAAAUUUUUAUGAAUGAAUUCAAAGUCUUAAUGUGUAAUGUAAUAUUGAGAAUAUGGGACAGGCCAUAUAUUUUUAAUUUGGCGAUCACUCUGGAGUCUGAAGUGACGUGUAAAUCACCCGUGGCUUUUAAGAUCGCUUUGCUGUAUUAAGAGGUGAAAUUUGUUUUAUCAGUCCAGUAAUUAAAAUCAUAGUUUUGAUAAUUUAUAAUGCAUCACAGCCGGAAAUGCUUUCAUGUAAAAAAUCGCAGCUCAAAUUAAGCAAAACAGCACAAUGGUAAUUUCUCGACAUCUUGAACAACUGGGAGACAGAAUAACUUGGUGACACAGUGAGCCACAGUCAAACAAUUCUGUAUAAGCUUAAAUUGGGGCAGUCUGUUACCACAAUUCCAACGGUAGGGUUUAACGUCGAGACGGUAACCUACAAAAAUGUUAAAUUCAACGUUUGGGACGUAGGCGGUCAAGAUAAAAUUCGGCCUUUAUGGCGACAUUACUACACAGGUACGCAAGGCUUAAUAUUUGUAGUUGACUGCGCUGAUCGCGACCGAAUAGACGAAGCGCGAACGGAACUCCACAGAAUAAUAAAUGAUAGAGAAAUGAGAGACGCAAUUAUUCUGAUUUUUGCCAACAAGCAGGAUCUUGCAGAUGGUAUGAUUCUUAACUUAUACUUUACCAGUUUACAGCACAACCAUCCAAUUCCUUUCUAAAUCGAUUGGUAGCCCCGAUGUAGCGAUGUAAAAAUGCAUUGCUAUGAUUUAUAAACAUCGAUAAAAACGGUACGG